AUGGCUGGUGAAGCUUCUUCGUCUUCUCCCCCCACCAGCUUGGAUUGUCCUCAGCCGGACUGUACUUCGAGUACGUUCUCCAACAAGUCCAAUCUCACCAGGCACAUCAAGUAUAAGCAUGGCCCCAAGGCGCGGAUGGCUUGCGGGAAGGAGAUAAAAAAUCAGACCUCAAACAUCAAGCGCCACGAGGACAAGUGCGAGGAGUGCAAGAAGCGCAAGAACCAGCCAGGCGCCACUCAGCCCCUCGCGGAACACGACGGCAACCGCGGCAGCUCCGUGUCUCAUGGGGUGCUUUCUCAGGGUGAGGAAGCUUUGGUAUUGGAUGAUGGACUUUUCGGGGGAGAACAAGAUGUGCUGUUCGACCCGUCUCUCUGGGAGGAUGAGGACCCGUUUCGUCAACAGCAGGGUGGGGCCGGUUUUGAUACGUUGAUGUAG